AUGGUGUUUUGGGAGGGAUAUGUGAGCGACGAAGCAAUGGGAAUCAUUGCUCCAAUGGUGGUUUAUUGGGUCUAUGCCGGCUUUUACCAGCUCGUGCUGCCGUCGUUGGAUGAGUACAGGCUGCACUCGAGGAAGGAAGAAGACGAGAAGAACUUGGUGCCGUUCCAUAGUGUGGUGAAGGGCGUUUUGAUCCAACAGCUACUUCAAGCAACAAUAGGGUUUUCCAUCUUCUUGUUAACCUCAACCACAACUAGUACUACGUUAGCCCAACGGCAGCAACCAUCCAUCCAACACCAGAUAGCGCAGAUCAUCCUCGCCAUGCUCAUCGUCGACGCCUGGCAGUACUUCGUCCACAGGUACAUGCACCAUAACAAGUUCCUCUACCGGAAGGUACACUCCCAGCACCACCGCCUGGUGGUGCCCUACGCCGUCGGGACGCUCUACAGCCACCCUGUCGAGGCGGUGUUCGACACGGUGGGUGGGGGCGUCGCGUUCAUCCUCUCCGGGAUGACGCCCCGGACGUCGGUGUUCUUCUUCAGCUUCCACAUUGUCAAGACCGUGGACGACCACUGUGGGAUGCUGCUGCCGUGGAACUUGGUGCCUAGGGUUUUCUACAACAACGCGGCGUACCACGACGUUCACCACCAGCUGCAAGGGAGCAAGUAUAACUAUUCGCAGGCGUUUUUCUCGAUAUGGGAUAGGGUUUGCGGGACGCAUAUGCCGUAUGUGGUUGUGAAGCGGGAUGGAGCCGGGUACGAGGCUAGGUUGGUUAGGAGAGUGGGUUAA